UCGAUGUUGCAUUAAGUUCGCGCUCAGAUAAACAGAACCGUACGGAACCAGCAGAACCAGGCGGGGAGUUCGGCUCGGAUUCGUCGUUCUUUGAUGCUCUCAGGAACCGGAAACCCGCCGGAAAUCUGAGUUUGACUCCCAGAAGAAGAUAAAGCAGGUGGACCGGGUCAGGCAUGGCGUCCGGAUCGGAUCCUCCGGGAUCCGGAGUGAAAUCAGUCAGGAGGUCUCCACGCCUGUCACCUCAGGCUGUGGGCGGAGUCAGCCUGCAGGAGGUGAAGAGGAGAGGACGGAUGGAGAGGAGCAAAGAGGAAGACGGUCUGAGUGGACGUCUGAAAACGCUGGAUCUGUGCAGCAGGUCUGCAGCCAGCGGAACCGGACUGGUUUACUCCCAGAUCUUCACGCAACACCAGAACCUCUGGGAUACCAGCCAUGUGGAGAGUCCAGACAGAGUGACGGCCAUCAUGUCGGAGCUGCAGAGGAGGGAGCUGCUGAGCCUCUGCGUCACCGUGGAGCCCAGAGAAGCUACAGAGGAGGAGCUGUUGCUGGCUCACACGAAGCUUUAUGUGGACGCCAUGAGGGCGACUCGGACGAUGACCCAGACGGAGCUGCAGAGUCUGUCUGACCAAUACGACUCUGUCUACCUCCACCCUGAGUCCUUCCAGGUGUGUGUGACGGCUGUUGGUUCAGUCCUCCAGCUGGUGGAUCGGGUCCUGACCUCUGAAGUCAGGAACGGAUUCGCUGUCAUCAGACCUCCAGGUCAUCACGCUCAGGCCGACCAGCCCAACGGCUUCUGUGUGUUCAACAACAUGGCGGUUGCGGCUCGCUACGCUCAGAAACGCCACGCCGUCAACAGGGUUCUGAUCGUGGACUGGGACGUCCAUCAUGGUCAGGGAAUCCAGUACCUGUUCCAGGAGGAUCCCAGUGUGCUGUACUUCAGCAUCCACAGGUAUGAGGGCGGAGCCUUCUGGCCUCACCUGCAGGAGUCGGACUGCAGCUUUGUGGGCAGUGGGCGAGCUGAAGGGAGGAACAUCAACCUGCCGUGGAACAAGACGGGGAUGAGCGACGCUGAUUACAUCGCCACCUUCCAGCAGGUGCUGCUGCCGGUGGCCUAUGAGUUCCAGCCUCAGCUGGUUCUGGUCUCAGCUGGUUUUGAUGCUGCAGCCGGAGAUCCAAAGGGGGAGAUGUGUGUCCGCCCUCAGUGUUUCCACAUUCUGACCCACAUGUUGAUGAGUUUGGCUGAAGGUCGGCUCGUUCUCGCUCUCGAGGGAGGCUAUGACCUUCAGGCGACAGCAGAGGGCGUCGCAGCCUGCGUCACAGCUCUGCUGGGCGGGGCCUGUCCUCUUCUGAACCCGCCCACUGCUCCCUGUGACAGCGCCUUGCAGUCCAUCUCUGGGACCGUCUCAGCGCUGUACCCACACUGGGCCUCGCUGCAGGUUCUGGCUGGACCCGGUCUUGAGAGUCCUGUCAUCACAGCAGCAGCGAAUCACAGCAGCCCAACACCGGCUUCCAUCAACACUUGUGUUGCCACGACAACAGGUCUGGCUUACGAUGAGAAGAUGAUGGAGCAUGUGAACCUGUGGGACAGGCAUCACCCUGAACAGCCUCAGAGGAUUUCUAAGAUCUUCUCUAAACAUCAGCAGCAGGGAUUGGUCGCCCGUUGCCAUCGGAUACCCGCCCGCCUGGCAACAGAGGAGGAGCUGGCCGUGUGUCACAGCCUGCAGCACAUCGAGCAGAUGAAGGCGACGGCGGAGAUGAAACCCCGCGACCUUCACAAACUGGGAAACGAGUUCACCUCCAUCUUCUUCAGCAACCAGAGCUUCCAGUGCGCCCAGUUGGCUGCUGGAAGCUGCUUCAACGCCGUGGACGCCAUCCUGAGUGGCCAGCUGAGUAACGGCGUGGCCAUCGUCCGCCCUCCGGGUCACCACGCUGAGAGAGAUGCUCCCUGCGGUUUCUGUCUCUUCAACACCGCCGCUCUCGCCGCUCGCUACGCCCAGAAAAACUCCCAUGAUCCUCAGCUGCGAGUGCUGAUCCUUGACUGGGACGUUCACCAUGGCAACGGGACGCAGCACAUGUUUGAAGACGACGACAGCGUUCUGUACAUCUCUCUCCAUCGCUAUGACAACGGGACAUUCUUCCCCUUCUCAGAGGACGCCGCCUCCGACAGGGUGGGCAUGGCCAAGGGGGCGGGCUUUAACGUGAACGUAGCGUGGAGUGGCGGGCGAAUGGGCGACUCUGAUUACCUGGCAGCGUUUCAUCACGUUGUCAUGCCUAUCGCUGCCGAGUUUAACCCCGGACUGGUUUUGGUGUCUGCCGGGUUUGACGCGGCCCGGGGAGAUCCGCUGGGCGGGUACCAGGUGACUCCCGAGGGAUACGCCCACCUCACACACCUGCUGAUGUCACUGGCUGGGGGGCGUGUCCUCAUCAUCCUGGAGGGCGGUUAUAACCUGACGUCCAUCUCUGACUCCAUGGCGAUGUGCACCAGCGUGUUGCUAGGAGACGCUCCCCCCUCACUGGCCACACCUUUCCCUCCUCCCCAUCACUGUGCAGUGGCAACAAUCAGGGAAGUCAUCCGACAGCACGCCCCCUACUGGCGCUCCCUGAGGAUUACCGUUCCAGAGUCGGUGCAGUUGGCCCUCCCCUCCCCAAAGCAUCGUGGGAAACGUAGUUCUGAAGGCAGGAAGUCAGACAAACGGCCACUGCCCCCUGCUGGACAGGAGGUUGCUACGAUGCAGGGUAUGGAGCAGCUCACUCAGGGAUUGGCCAGUCUUGAUAUCACUCAAGCCCCGCCCACCCCACAGGAACCGCCCACAAUGGAGGUCAAAGGUGAUGUGGAGUCUGAGUUGGAGAACAGCCAAUCAGCAGAGAGCAUGCAGACUCAGAAUGUUACCAUGGCAACAGCAGACUCAGACCCCAAGGGAGGAGAGGGGUCAGGCGAAGGGGCGGAGCCUACGCCAGAGGGAGCCUGUGGUUGGUCGAAGCCUCAGGUGUCUCUGGAGCUGACGUGCAGCACUGAGAUGGGCGGAGACACUCUGUACGUGGUGGACCCUCUGCCCUGGUGUCCUCACCUGGAUGCCGUUAAGCCCCUCCCUCCCUCAGGUGUUGACGUCUUCCAGCCGUGCAGCGACUGCGGUUCUGACGCGGAGAACUGGAUCUGCCUCACGUGCUAUCAGGUGUGCUGCGGUCGCUACGUUAACGAGCACAUGGUGACUCACGGCGCCGUGUCAGAGCACCCUGUGGUGCUCAGCUUCUCUGAUUUGUCCGUUUGGUGCUACCUGUGUGAGUCCUACGUCCACCACCAGGUUCUGUUCGAGGCCAAGAACGCCGCUCACUUCGCCAAGUUUGGAGAGGAAGUUCCUCCCUGGUGCUGAGCUGGCUGGUCGCCAUGGAAACAGCUUCGCUUUUAUCAUUUUAGUGCAAAUUGCUUCCUGAUCUGAACAUGCUUUUAUUCUGAAAGUCCUACCCAGAGUUGGUUUUCGAAGGAACACUUCCUGUAAAAAUUCUGACUUCCUGUGACAUCACAAACCUAUAAUCUUGCUGCGAUGUGAUUGGUUGGAUUGGGAGAUGAUGUCACUC